AUGGGCUUCCUCCCCUCAGCCAUCCGCAAGAUGAGGUUCUUCCGGAGAAAAGACAAGAAUAAGGAAGCUGCUUCCCCCGGCGGCGGACGCGCAGAGGACGCCCGUGCUGCCGCUCACGAUGCAUACGGCGGUGCCUACGGCCACGGCAACGGCUACGCCUACGGCCAUGGCGGCGGUGCCGGACGCCUGUACGCGCCCAGCCCCGCGUCCAGUCGCCUUCUGGCCCACCUCCCCGACGCCAUCCUCGAGCGCAUCUUCACCUUUGUCUGCCCCCAUUCCGCCGACAACUCGUACGAGACACACGAGCACUCGUCGCUCGUCGAUGCCUGCAUGCUAUGCGACAUGCGCGACCUCGCCCACUGCGUCGCCGUCUGUCGACAAUGGAAGAAGCCGGCCCGCAAGUGUCUAUACAACAGCAUCCGCAUUGACGCGGUACACUUUUGCGAGCGCGAGGCGUACCUGUCCGACAAGCGCAAGCGCCGCUCGUUCUUCGACCGCAACGGCUCCCCCGAGGACCCCGCCAAGGCGCGGCUCAAGCUGCUCUGCCGUACGCUGCGCGAGGAUCCCACGCGCCUGGGCGUCCUCGUCCGCUAUUUCAAGACCUCAUACAUGCUGCGCGAGUCUUCCCAGGCCGACCUAGCCCGCACAAUCGCCGUGCUACCGAACCUACUCUACGUUGAUCUACCUGAGGGGCUCUUCGCCGACGAGCAUGCCUACCUGACGCUGCGCCUCGAGGUCCAGGCGCGCUGCCGCAACCUGCGCAAGAUGACGUACAUGGCGGGCGCCGAGCGCAGCUUCGAGCUGCUUGCUUCUGGCAUCUGGCCUAACCUCGAGGUCCUCGAUCUCCAGCGGGUGCAGGCUGACCCCGUCACGCUGCGCCAUGUGAUCGGCAGUCUGCCCAACCUGCAGGCCCUCAAGGUGUCGGAAAUGCCUGCCUUUGUGGAUGACGUCCUCUUCCAGCAUCCCCACGAGAUGGUUCCGCCCUUUCCCGCCCUCGAGGAGCUCUUGAUUAGGGACGCGAACGGGCUCACGGCAGAGGGACUAAUUCAGUACCUCGCAUCGCCAGACGCCCGCGCAAAGCUCACGACGCUGAACCUCACAAACACAGGUGUGGGUGUCUGGGAUCUGCACAAGGUCCUGAGCCAGGCGACCUCGCUCACAACCCUGGUUUUUGUGGCCUCUGUGACGUCGCCACUGCCCACUGCGGCUGGCACCCACGAUAUUCCUCCCCUCCGCUCGAGGUCACUGUCCACUCUCAACUGGGAGAUAACCGCGGCGGCAUCGACCGGCAUCCUGGGCCCAAGCGCGACGGCCACGUACUACAACUACCUCUCUGGAUCGCUGCUCUCGGGCGGGCUCCCCGCACUGAGCGCCAUCUAUGUCCGCGACCAAAACUUCCCGGACUCGCUGCUCGGCACGCAUCUCCCGCCCACUCCCGCGUUUGCCGGCGGCGCCUUCGCCGCCCGGCCCUCGACCUCGGGCUCAGCCUCGCCCGCCCAGACGCGGACCUUUGGGGCCGGCGGCGGAUUCAACAAUUUGAACAUGGGCGGUGGCUCAACCGCGAGCCCGCCCACGCUCAAGCCCUUCGCUGCGGGCCACAAUCCGCGCUUCAGCAGCAACAACCCGUUCGCGGCCAUGAUACCGAUGCAACAGAUCCAGACGCUCGAGGUUUUCACCAAGGGCAGCGACGAGCUGGACUGGGCCGUCGUCAAGGUUGAUAGCGGAUACGGCGGUGGAGGCGGUCACCGGCGUGGGGGAAGCUUCGGGUCGAUUGCUCUGCCGGAGAGACCGCAUAGUAGCUAUGGUCUCACCCCAGAGAGCAUCACGACCUGGGGCCCCAACACGACGCGAAAGAGCGUGUUCCUGGGCGAUGGUGCCGGCGGAUUCCUCGCGGUCCCCGACACCCCGAGCGGUGGCCAGCCGAACCCCUACAUGCCGGCCGAGAGGCGAGGGAGCAGUAGUAGCGCUAGGCGCCCGAACCUUGGCUCUGGUGGCGGCGUCGGCGGCUCCGCUGUCUCGGACGAAUGGCCUUUGCCGUAUAGCCCUUCGGACCGGAAGAAGGACAGGAAGGACCUUUGGAGGUGA